AUGAACCCAAAAGCUCUCCUUGUUCUUCUUAUACUUGCUUUGGUUACAAUUUUUGCCUUGGUGUGUGUGUUGGUGACCAGGAGGGAGAAGUCUAGUCAUUGUGGUACUAAGUCAUCUAUUUCCUUGGAUAGAAGUCAGAAGAACAAGAAUGUGAUAUUUGCUGCCCUGUCAGCAGAAGAGAUGGUACAGGUGGUGAAAUAUCUGCAACUACAGUUGCCCUUGGUAGAUGAUUCUCAUGUUGUAUUUUCCAAAAAUUUCAUUUAUUAUGUUGAUGUCAAUAUCCCCAGCAAGGAAGAGGUGCUGAAAUUCCUUGAUCAUGAUGGACCACGCCCUCCUCGACAAGCAUUGGCUGUGGUGUAUUUUGGAAAUCAACCAGAACCAAAUAUCACUGAGUAUGUUGUAGGGCCACUUCCAGUGCCCACAUAUCAUUGGGAUGUGACAGUGCAAAAGUAUGGAAAGAAAUUAUUCUAUCAUGGCAGACCUAUAUUACUCAGUGAAUUUGGGGAUAUUCGGACAUUCCUAGUGGAGAAGAAAUUUUUAGAGGCACCCACUUUUUUGACUCAAGUAUUUGGGCAUAAUGGAAGCAAUUUUGAAGGUAUUCUUGCAGUACCUGGAGGGUCUCAGUCUGGAGAACGCUUUUCCUGGGUUACCUUGUUUCAGAAUGUAAGUGGCUUUUUCUUGCAUCCAUUGGGACUAGAAGUACUUGUUGACCACAGCAGUCUGAAUGUCGCUCACUGGAAAGUCUCAAAAGUAUUUUAUAAUGGCCAAUAUUUUAACGGUUUGGCAGAAUUGGAAAAAGAAUUCAAAGCAAAGCGGGUGAGUGUAACAAAAGUUAAGCCGGUUUCUUCUGAUAGGAGCUUUUCCUCACUUCAUCCAAGGACACCCCCUCUAAAACCUGGAUCCUUCAGCCAUGAGCCUUUGGGGCAACGCUACAAAGUGAGAAACAACCAAAUAACUACCCCAACCUGGAGUUUUGCCUUUCGGAUGGAUGUACACAAGGGACUCCAUCUCUAUGAUAUCCGAUUCAAGGACCAAAGGAUUGUAUAUGAACUCAGUGUGCAGGAUGCCAUUUCUAUCUAUGGCUCCAAUAGUCCUAGUGGAAUGAUAACUCGAUAUAUGGAUGCAAGUUUUGGAAUAGGAAGAUUUGCUUAUUCAUUAGUUCGUGGAGUUGAUUGCCCUUACUCUGCCACCUACCUCGAUGCUGUUUAUUUAAUUGAAAACAUCAAGCCAGAGGUACACAAGAACUCAAUUUGUGUGUUUGAGCAGAGUACAGGGACCCCUUUCCGGCGUCAUUUUUCCAAUUUUCAGUCUUUCUAUUAUGGGGGACUCGCUAGUUCUUCACUAGUCAUACGUUUUAUAGUUACCAUUGGUAACUAUGACUAUGUCUGGAGUUUUAGUUUUCAUCCAAAUGGUGCCAUUGAAAGCAAAGUCCAAGCAACUGGAUACAUAAUCUCAUCUUUCCUCCAUGGUGACGGGCUGAAUUAUGGCAAUAGAGUUGCAGAUCACACACUUGGUACAAUCCAUACUCAUGUCAUCAACUCCAAAGUUGAUUUAGAUGUUGGAGGUACAAAAAAUUCCUUGGUUAGCAAUGAUAUGACUUUUGAGAAAGUAAACGCUCCCUGGAAUCCAGGCCAUGAGAUUCAGAGAAUGAAAAUAGUGAAAAAGGUCUUGGAUACCGAAGAUAAGGCUGCCUUUCGCCAUAAUGAUAAGAUGCCAAGAUACAUAUAUUUUGCAGCAAACAGCACAAACAAGUGGGGCCAUAAGCGUGGCUACCUAAUCCAGACAAUCAGCUAUGCUGGAGACCAUCUCCCAGAGGCAGAUCCAAUGGAGAGAGCUAUCAGUUGGGGCAGGUACAAGCUGGCUGUCACCAAGCGAAAGGAGAAAGAACCUUGCAGUUCCAGCAUCUAUAAUCAGAAUGACCCAUGGACACCUACUGUUGCCUUUGCAGACUUUAUAAAUAAUGAGAGCAUUGUUGAUGAGGAUCUGGUUGCUUGGAUCACCACCGGAUUUCUACAUAUUCCCCAUGCGGAGGAUAUUCCUAACACCGUGACACUUGCAAAUGCAAUUGGCUUCAUCUUAAGACCUUAUAAUUAUUUUGACAAUGACCCCUCCAUUGACUCGCCUGAUAGUGUGUUCUUCACUGACAAGGAUGACUUCAACUCCUGUGAGAUCAACCAUAUUGCUUGCCUCCCUAAAACAGCUGCUUGCGUGCCCAAUCUUCCACCCUUCACUUAUGAAGGUUUCGAAAAUCAGACAAAGCUCUGAUACUGUCCAGAUUUUGAGUCAAUGCUGCUGUUUGUACUGGAAAUAGUCGAGCACAAAAUCUGUGUGUAAGAUAGCAAUUUUGAGACCUUUAUUCUUGACAGUGUUUCACCUAAAUCUUAGCUCUGUUGGCAUUGUAUUCACUUGUGUUUGCAACUUAUUAUCUACCAAAUUGUUGUAUUUUUUUUAAUCCAACUGCUUCUCCUGUUAAUUUUUUACUUGAAGAUAAUAUUAGAUAUAUCUGUCAAGUAUAUUUACCAUUUGCUCUAUCUAUCUAUCUAUCUAUCUAUCUAUCUAUCUAUCUAUCUAUCUAUCUAACAUCCUUCCAUCCAUCUAUCCAACUAGUAUCUGUAUUUUGGUAAUUUGCUACCUACCUACCUACCAGAUAUAAAAGGUCUACAUCCUCUUGUUAAAAAGUCAAGUUUUGAGAUGUAAAAAAAUCAGACUAAAAUAAAUCACUUCAGAACUUUUUCUACCUGUAAUAUAACAUAUUAUCUGUGCAAUUUUAUUGGAAAACAAACUGAAAUCUUUUUUUCCGGGGGGCAGAUAAAAAAAUUCAAUAACAUGGUUUCAUAAGUGUACACACCUCCUUAUAAAUAGGGAUGUGGCUGUGUUCAGAAUUAACCAAUCACAUUCAAACUGAUGUUAAAUAGUAGUCAGUGCACACCAGCCACCUAUUAAAAUGCCUUUGAUGAAGCCCAUAUAAAGUUCAAAUAUUAUAGUAGAAUCUUUUUGACAUUUACUCAGUUGCCUCUUACAGCAAAACUAUCUGUCUAUCUUCAAAGGAUUUCUAAAGCAUCAAAGAGACCUCACUAUUGGAAGGAGAAUGGUACAAAAAUUUAUAAAACAUUGAUUAUACCAUGGACACAGUGAAGACAGUCAUCAACAAGUGGAAAAAAUAUGGUACAACAGUGAUAUUACCAAGAACUGGAGAUCCUCGAAAACUGAUGAAAAAAUAAGAAAAUUAAAGUACACCACAGUGAAGCAUGGUGGCAGCAGUGUUGUGCUUUGGAGCUGCUUUUGUUCAGUUCGAACUGGGGCUUAAUCAGAGUGAGGGUUGAGGGAAUUAUAAAGAGUUCCAAAUAUUGGUCAACUUUUGCACAAAAGCCUCAGGCUUUUGCUAAAAUGCUGAAGAAGAGGAAUAUCAACUUUCAAUGACAAUGACCCAAAGCGAAACAAAAGCAUGGCUUCACCAGAAGAAGAUUAAAGUUUUGGACUGAAACUUUGGAAGGAAACUUGAAUCAAAUUGAGGGAUGAGGGAUGUCCUGAAGAGGAUUGGGCACAGGAGAGGCUUUCACAAUCUGACAAAUUUGGAGUGCUUUUCCAAAGGAAGAAUGGGCAAAGGUUCCCAAGGCAAAGUUGCGCCAUCCUAUCCUCAGAGGCUGAAUGCUGUCAUAAAGGUGCUUCAAUAAAAAUGUGCCCGCAUAAGCAACCAUGGUAUUGUAAAAAAAUUUCCCCUUAAACAAUAUUCCAG